AUGAAGCUCAAACUGCACGUCUUAAAUGGUCUUGUGAUGAAACUGAAAGAGUUUGAGCCCAAGAGGCACAUGGUGAAGCUUGGAUGUUGUGGAGAGACUAGAGAGGCCGGAAUGACCUUGCGAGGCCCUGUCCAUUGACGAGCCUGGAGUGGGAAAAGAAGCCUUGUUUGACAGGACCUUCGCCGAGCCAAGAGCCACCUACCAAAGACUUGGCCUCAAGCUCCGUUGCACUUUGGAGCUUGGGGUCAAGGCCUCCGACUCGGGCUCCACAGCCAGCCUGUGGGGUCUGAGGCUGAGGUCUCUGGCUCGGGCCCGUAAGGCCUGGGCUGGAGGCUCCGCCUCAGACAACAUAGUAGGCUGCGGAGCACGGGGCCGGGGUAGUCCGACCGCCAACUGAUCCGGCAGCGGCUCUGACCCUGCCGGACAAAACCAGAAAAUAGGAGGGGGAGAAAACUUUAUUUCAAAUUUUAUCAAAUUUAUAAGUUUAUUUCUUGGAAAAGAGCGUCCGGGUCAGUGCUGACUUUCAGAGUACGACGUCGUCCGCAAUCCAUCCCGUCACAUCACUCGACCUGAAGCCCCCUCCCCAUUAGUCUCUGAACCGUCCAUAACCCUGCACUGCUGA